UGGCGCUGGUGUCCGGCCCGGCCAGUCACUCUCCUCCAGCGGCGCCCCGUCCACCUCCCCGUCGCCGCCUGCUGUAGCCGCCGCCAUCUCCGCCAUCCCGGGCCCUCGCGCCCUCCUCCACCAUGGCCGCCAUGGGCCAGCUCGUGUUCGACGAGUACGGUAAACCCAUCAUCAUCCUCAGGGACCAGGACCACCAGAAGCGGCUCACCGGCGCCGACGCUCUCAAGUCUCACAUCUUGGCGGCCAGAAGUGUGGCAUCCAUCCUGUGCUCCUCGUUGGGUCCUAAAGGCUUGGACAAGUUGAUGGUGAGCCCAGAUGGUGACAUUACUGUCACAAAUGAUGGUGCAACCAUCCUCAAGAUGAUGGAUGUUGAACACCAAAUAGCAAAAUUGAUGGUACAGCUCUCCCAAUCACAAGAUGAUGAAAUUGGUGAUGGUACUACUGGAGUUGUAGUUUUAGCUGGAGCACUGCUAGAGAAGGCAGAAUAUUUGUUGGACAAAGGUAUUCACCCAAUUAGGAUUGCUGAUGGCUAUGAACUUGCUGCUAAGAAAGCCAUUGAAAAUUUGGAAAAUAUUGCAGACACAUUUACUGUUGACACAAAUCACUUAGAGCCCUUAAUUUUGACUGCAAUGACAACAUUGGGCUCAAAGAUUAUCAAUCGUUGCCAUCGGCAAAUGGCAGAAAUUGCUGUGAAUGCUGUAAUGGCAGUUGCUGAUAUGGAAACACGUGAUGUAAAUUUUGAACUCAUUAAAGUAGAAGGGAAAGUUGGAGGCAAGUUAGAAGACACAAUGUUGGUUAAGGGUGUCGUCAUCGAUAAGGAUUUCUCUCACCCCCAGAUGCCAAAGGAGUUAAAGGAUGUUAAGAUGGCAAUUCUAACCUGUCCAUUUGAACCUCCCAAGCCCAAGACAAAGCAUAAGCUUGAAAUAAGUAGUGUAGAAGAGUACAAUGCUCUUCACAAAUAUGAGCAGCAACAAUUCAUUGAUAUGGUGGACAAGGUAAAGGCAGCUGGAGCUAAUCUAGCAAUUUGUCAAUGGGGCUUUGAUGAUGAAGCCAACCAUCUUCUCCUUCAAAAAAAACUUCCUGCUGUGAGAUGGGUUGGUGGACCCGAGAUUGAACUCAUUGCCAUUGCAACCAAUGGUCGAAUUGUUCCAAGGUUUGAGGAACUGUCCCCAGAAAAACUUGGAACUUGUGGAAAAGUUCGUGAAUUGAGCUUUGGAACGACAAAGGACAAAAUGUUAGUUAUUGAAGAGUGCCCCAACACCAAGGCUGUGACUAUCUUCAUCCGUGGAGGAAAUAAGAUGAUUAUUGAGGAAGCAAAGCGAAGUAUUCAUGAUGCACUGUGCGUUGUAAGAAAUUUGGUGCGGAACAACAAGAUUGUGUACGGUGGUGGCGCUGCGGAAGUUUCCUGUGCCUUGGCUGUAUCUGAGGAAGCUGAUAAGAUCUCGACUCUGGAGCAAUAUGCAUUCCGUGCCUUCGCUGAUGCCUUGGAGAGCAUUCCGCUUGCCCUUGCUGAGAAUUCUGGUCUGUCUCCCAUCCACACCUUGGCUGAAUGCAAGGCACGACAGGUCUCGGAGAAGAACCCAUCUUUAGGAAUAGACUGCAAUAGCAGGGGAACGAGUGAUAUGAAGGAACAACAUGUGAUUGAGACUCUGCACAGCAAGAAGCAGCAGCUGCUUCUUGCCACUCAGCUUGUGAAAAUGAUUCUAAAGAUCGAUGAUAUUCGCACUCCGGGUGAAGCAUUACAUGGUUAAUUAUAAAGAAACAAUCGACUUAAAUUCCCUUUAAGAUGAACAUGUUUGAGAUGGAAAGCUAAUAUUGUACCGUUAAUCCGUCUGCUUUACCUCGGCGACUUAAGGUGUUUUUCUUAUUUAAAUCUGUAAACGAGUCAUUUUUCUAAGUUCGCAUUUUGCUCUAUACUUUUGUCACAGUACAGACUUCUGUAAUUUAAUAAAACAAUAAAUAAA